AAGCAGAAACUUCGAAGGAAUUUUUUUUUCUAUAACAGGAGAAGAAGAGGAAAGAAAAAAAUUGCCACUUAAAAAAUCCUGAAAAAUCCAGGGAAUAUGGCCGACUGCAUGUUUCACGUGUCGUUACUUUUCCUCUGCAACAGUUGAAAUCCACCCGCUCACGUUGACCUCCGGCUCCUGUGCGAUUCUGAUUCCACAGGUUGAAGUGUGUUGCUCUGCUGCUUCACCAGCGUCUCUCCGCCUCAUGCAGCCGCAUAAAAGAGGGGAAAUGUGAACGGCACAACAAGUGUUUCUCCGCCCGCCGCGUAAAUUCACCGGCUGACAUUUCGGAACAGUUCCGGCGUUUCCAGCAACAUCUUUGUCCCGUGACGCCGCGAUUACGCUGUGCUGACGUUGUGUAACCCUGGCAGCACACUUUGGGCAUACUAAAGAGAGUUUGUCCGGGGGGUUGUCGUCCACUGAUUACAUAAUUCUGCCAUUCUCCGCUGAACCGCCGCUGCAGCUUUAACUCUUUCUGUGGACUCGAGUGCAAAGAUCCCCCCUGGUUACUGAGGUGGAGUCUGCACGCAGUCAAAAAUCCCUGAAGCAAACAAAAGUUUAAAAAGAGUUCAUUUGAGCCUCGGGACCAGCAUGGCACUGACGACCUUUGAUGACCUCCUGGAGGAGGCCGGGACGUUCGGCCGCUGUCAGAGGCGCAUCUUCGCCCUGCUCUGCCUGCUGUCUCUGCCUUUCGCAGGCGUGUACGUGGGCAUCGUCUUCCAGGGCUUCACGCCCGACCACUGGUGUCGGGACCCCGCCGUGGUGGAGAGGAGGCAGGCGUGCGGCUGGAGCCUGGCGGACAGCCGCAGGCUGACGGUGCCGCCGGUCAACGGCUCCGGGACGCCGCCGCAGCGGAGCAGCUGUGAGCGCUACGAGGUGGACUGGAACACCACCGGACUGACCUGCGACACGCAGGAGCUGGACCUCAGAGGAGUCCCAGUCUCCUCCUGUAAGGACGCCUGGGAGUAUCAGUACGAAGGGAGGACGUCCUUCGUCACAGAGUUCCACCUGGUGUGCGAGGACGGGUGGUUGGUGGACAUGUACCAGGCCACUCUCAACGUGGGCUUCCUCGCCGGCAGCUUCGCGUUUGGCUUCUUCGCUGACAGGUUCGGCAGGAAGAUCAGUUUCCUGGCGUCCAACUUGCUGAACGCGAUCGCGGGGAUCGUGCUGGCCGUCACACCGAACUACGUCUCCAUCCUGGUGGUCAGGACCAUCUUCGGCUUCGGUGUCAAAGGCGGCUGGAUGACCACCUACGUGCUGCUGACGGAGAUUGUCGGAGUGGAGCGCAGACGGACAGUGGGAAUACUGUACCAGAUGUUCUUCAGCGUCGGCGUCCUCGUCCUCCCUCUGCUCGCCUACUUCAUCACCGACUGGCGCUGGCUGCAGGUCACCAUCUCCGCACCCUACGUCCUCUUCCUCUGCUACUACUGGUUCAUCCCAGAGUCUCCACGGUGGCUCAUCUCCCAGAACAAGUCGUCCAAAGCUCUGGAGAUCACAGAAGCAAUGGCCAAGGAGAACGGGAGGAAACUCACCAAGAGCUUUGAGUUUCAGACACUCACCUGUGAUGAGAGCGACUCGUGUUCUGCCUCUUUGCUGGACCUGUUCAAGACUCCCAACAUGAGGAAACACACCUUCAUCCUCAUGUUCAACUGGUUCACGAGCGCUGUGGUUUAUCAGGGCCUCAUCAUGCGGGUGGGGAUAACAGGAGGGAACGUCUACAUCGACUUCCUCAUCGCCGGUCUGGUCGAGUUCCCCGCCGCCUUCCUCAUCCUCUUCACCAUCGAACGCGUCGGCCGACGUGUUCCCUUCGCCGCCGCCAACAUCGUCGCCGGAGCCUCAUGCUUCGUCACUGCACUCAUUCCCGACAGUAUGUUCUGGUCUAAGACAAUGGUGGCCUGCGUCGGUCGGCUGGGUAUCACCAUGGCCUUUGAGAUGGUGGUGUUCGUCAACACCGAGCUCUACCCAACGUUUGUCAGGAAUCUGGGAGUGUCCGUUUGUUCCACUCUGUGUGACGUUGGAGGCAUCGUGGCUCCGUUCCUGCUCUACAGGCUGGCUGGCAUCUGGCUGGAGCUGCCGCUCAUCAUCUUCGGAACUGUCGCAUUCAUUGCUGGAGGUUUGGUGCUGUUGCUUCCUGAAACCAGGGGCGUUCCUCUCCCCGAGACUAUCGAUGAUAUUGAAUUUCCUAAUAGGAAAAAGGAGAACCCUUUGGAGAACCACAACCAAUGAAGAAACUUUUAGAAUCAGACCUUACGACUGAGCAACAAGGAAACAAGUGUGUGAUUGAGUUUGUGUGAUUAUGUUUGUGUGCCUGCAUUUGUGCAUGCAUAGAUUUUUGCUUGUGAUACAACAUGUUGACCUCUGAUAUAAACAAGGGAUACAUUUUUUUAAAUACGAUUUCUAUAAAGCAUGACUUCCCCAA